AUGAAUACAAUCAAGAUCCAAUGUUAUAUUGUUUUCAUUAUUCUUAGCACAACAGUUCAAAUCAAAUCUCAAAUAUGUGAGAAAAAAACCCAGUAUAGUGAAUGUUCUACAAACAGUGCAUGUGGAUGCUUUCGUAUGGUAGGUACUAAUAAUAAUACAGGCAUUUGUGGUUUUCGCUGGCUAGCAUGUUCUCGUCUUGUACUGUGUAAUUCUUUGGACAAUUCAUGUUCUCAACCUAAUACGACCUGUGUUCAACAUCCACAAUGUAAUGAUCUUCCUGUAUGUUACCCAGGUACAAUGACUGAUCAAAGUAUCUGUCCACCAAUGAAAAAUAAGAUCAAUGCUAAAUGGAAACAAAAUGCCAUCACUGUGGCUGGUGGAAAUGGAGAAGGGCAACAAUUAAAUCAACUCAGUUACCCUUAUGGAAUCUUUAUUGAUGAAAACAAAAAUAUUUUCAUUGCUGAUUAUAAUAAUCAUCGUAUUGUUGAAUGGAAAUAUAAUGCAAAUGAAGGACAAAUCAUUGCAGGUGGAAAUGGGCAAGGAAAUCGAAUGGAUCAACUGAAUAAUCCUAUGGAUGUGAUUGUUGAUCAACAAAACCAUUCCGUCAUGAUUGCUGAUUACGAGAACAAACGAGUGAUUCAAUGGAUCAAUCAAACUCAACAAAUUCUCAUUCAGAAUAUUCACUGUCAGGGCUUGGCAAUCGAUAAACAUGGGUUUCUUUAUGUUUCUGAUGGUGUGAGAAAUGAAGUGAAACGAUGGAAAAUUGGAGAAUACAACAAAGGAGUUGUAGUGGCAGGUGGAAAUGGACAAGGAGAUCAACUCAAUCAAUUCAAUGAUCCUCGUUUUAUCUUUGUUGAUGACGAUCAAUCGGUUUAUGUAUCAGAUGUGAACAAUCAUCGUGUAAUGAAAUGGAGAAAAGAUGCCAAAGAAGGAAGAACUGUGGCUGGAGGAAAUGGUUAUGGAGGAGAUCUCAAUCAAUUGUAUCUUCCUCAUGGAGUAAUUGUUGAUGAUUUGGGUCAAGUCUAUGUGACAGAUUUUGGGAACCAUCGAGUAAUGCGUUGGUAUGAAGGAAACGAAGAAGGUGAAAUUGUUGUUGGUGGAAAUGAUGGAGGAAAUCAAUCAAAUCAAUUGAAUAAUCCCAUGGGUUUAUCUUUUGAUGAUGAAGUAAAUCUUUAUGUUGCUGAUCGAAAUAAUCAUCGAAUUCAAAAAUUUGAAGUAAUUCUUUGA